AUGGGAGACAAUAUGACCUCUGUCACAGAGUUCACCCUCCUGGAAUUUCCCCUUGACACAACCAUUCAGGUGUUUCUCUUUGUGCUCUUCUCCCUGUUCUUUGCCUUCACCCUGCUGGGCAAUGGGGUCAUCCUGGGGCUCAUCUCCCUGGACUCCAGGCUGCACACCCCCAUGUACUUCUUCCUCUCACACCUGGCCAUCGUGGACAUAGCCUAUGCCUGCAACACAGUGCCCCGGAUGCUGCUAAACCUCCUGCAUCCAGCCAAGCCCAUCUCCUUUGCUGGCUGCAUGACACAGACCUUUCUCUUUUUGACAUUUGCUGUCACAGAAUGUCUUCUCCUCGUGGUGAUGUCCUAUGAUCGGUAUGUGGCCAUCUGCCACCCCCUCCGAUAUUCUGCCAUCAUGAGCUGGAGGGUCUGCAUCACACUGGUGGUGAUUUGCUGGACCAUUGGGGUCCUUCUGUCUUCGAUUCAUCUGAUAUUACUUCUACCCUUACCCUUCUGUAUGUCCCAGAAAAUCAAUCACUUUUUCUGUGAAAUCAUGGCCGUUCUCAAACUUGCUUGUGCAGAUACACACAUCAAGGUUUUGGCCGGGGCAAUUUCUGUGCUAGUGGGACCCUUCUCCUCAAUUGUAAUCUCAUAUGUGUGCAUCCUCUGUGCCAUCCUUAGGAUCCAGUCUGGGGAAAAUCAAAGAAAAGCCUUCUCCACCUGCUCAUCUCACCUCUGUGUGGUUGGACUCUUCUAUGGCACAGCCAUUGUCAUGUAUGUUGGGCCCAGAUAUGGGCACCCCAAGGAACACAAGAAAUACCUUCUUCUCUUUCACAGCCUUUUCAAUCCCAUGCUCAAUCCGCUUAUCUAUACUCUUAGGAACUCAGAGGUAAAGAAUGCCUUGAAGAGAGUGCUGGGAAUAGAGGGAGCUUUAUGCAAAGAUGGCAUCGGGGUUGACAGUGACCUGGGGGGAUAUUAUCUCAAGAGGUUCCAAGCCCAACUCAGUGUAAGAAUUACCUGAGAUUCUUAUUAAAAAUAUCUGUCUCCUAACCUACCAUUUGAUCACUAA